UAGUACGUGGCGGCAAACCCGUCAGCGCAGAAUCUGGAACCUUCAGACCCGCUAGCCACAUCAUCGAUGGUGGUGACACGGCUUAGCUUUUGCUGACUUUCUCACCAAGUCACACGACUUUAUUUUGCAGUCUUAAAAUUCAAUACCCAGAAUAUGGCGAUGAGAUCUGUCGUUUCAAGCAGUGGAGUCCGUCGUUUAAUGGAUGGUAGUGGACGAUCAUCGGUUUCGGGCCUUCGCUAUUUCACCGACGGCAAAGGUCGAGUCCUCAGUGAAGAAGAACGUGCUAAAGAGACCGUUUACAUUCAGAAAAUGGAAAGGGAGAGGAUGGAGAAGGCGAAGCUGAAGGCUGAAAGAGAGAAAGCUGACAAGGAAAAUAUGAGUAGAAUUGAUCCUGCCAACCCCGGUUCAUCCGUUGGAGUCGAGACACUGUAAUUCCUUUCAAUGAAUAGCUCUGUCCAGGUCUAAAACUGCUUGUUGACAACUCCUCAUGUGAUGCAAUAGCAAAGGGUUGGAUUCUUAGUGUUGGUAUAUAAGUAAAUAGGUUUUCUUUCUCUCACAGAAAUAAUAGAGCCAGUCUCGGAGAAUGCUGCAGAGGGGAAACGAUAUGUUACAGUUAGAAUUUCGAUUCCAGUGCUAAACUAUGUCCAAUAAGUUUGAUGCUGCAACUCAUCCGCAAUAUUCAGUUUUCCUUUGGCAAGAUGUAGAUUAUUUGUUUGAAAAAGUCGCAUAAACACUAUUCCCAUUUCCUUUUUUAA